UCAACCCUCAGCGCUGUCCUGGUCCUUGAGAAUGAGCACAAUGAUUCUGCUGGUGGCUCUGCUUGGCGUUUUUAUAAACCCUCUAUGGGCAGAUGAGUCGUAUCAGUACAUCAAUCAGGAGGAAAAUGGAGAGACCGUAUAUCACACAGUGAACGUCAAUGAGCAAGUCAAGAUUGUAGUUUUUAACGUGUAUGCCGGACGACAGACAUCAAAUGCUGUCUUCGACUACAACCAGAAUAUAAUCGCCUACCAUAUGCCAUACAGAGGGAUCUGUAUACUUGCACACAUGGACAUUAACAAGUUCCCUCACCUUGGAAUCUUUGAGGAUUUCAUCCACUCUAAAAGGGAGAAGAAGAAGGAGCUGGCUGAACUCCGCAAACACUAUGAGGUUACUGACCAGGUAGUAACUAACCUGGCCCAGUAUGGAGGUGCCGUAGAAGGGCUGUGUUGGGGAAUCCCCACCUACUGGGCCACGGAAUAUGCCAGUCCAAGGACAAAAGGCAUUGGUGCUAGUGGCUGUGCAGGAAUUAAGUUCCUCUUCAUACAUGUUGGGCUGUGCGGCGGCAUUCAUCUGUUCUAACCUGGCCUGCGUGUGCAGAUAUUUUGUUGUUUAUAUAUCCUUACAUUGAGCCAAUAAACAUUAUAAAAUAAAUAAGCUGAAGCUAAA